UAAAAUUUCAUAGAUUCAUCGCCUCCCUAACGAGUUUGACUAACUGUUUUGUUCAGAACAUAACAGGACUUUUAAUGGCUUUGUUCCCAGAUCUUGUGUAUGCAGUGACGAAGGCUGAUAGACUUAGUGUUCAGUAAUCGACUUGAACUAAAACAUUUUCCUAUGAUACCAGCUAUUUUUCCAAUCUGGGUCAUGGCCAAAAUUCCUCCUGACCAUCCUUACAUGCCCAUUGUGUAUAGAUUCUGAUCUAUAAAAGAAACUCGGAAAAUCACAUCAUUUGUUUGAAAAACCUAUUUGAAAAUGUCGGUCAUUCGUCGUCCUUUUAGGACCGCUUCGACUUCUUGGAACGAGCCCCUGAUACUUGACAAGUCAAGGCAAUCUUACCAAUCGCAUAUUCAUGGAAAAGUGUCCGACUUCUUAGGAUCCAGCUGUAUCAUGAAUCGCCAAGUAUCCUGCAACAUAGGAUACGAUUCUCCACAAGGUCCUAGGCAGCCUUUCUUCAGAGAAUCAAGCCUUGCAAACAGAGAAGGGUUUUGUUUCAAUUCAAAUUCGCCUUUUCGAAUUCAGUCACCCUCCGUUGAAAUUAGUUCAAAUCCUGAUCAAAAGCUACUAUGCUCCAGAGUAUCUGAACAAGUACCGAGUCGGUAUCCAUUGUCGUGCGUAGAUACUGUGUCUUCGAAUUUUCAUGAACAAUUGCAUGGAAUUGGCUUCAACUCAACUAUCGAUCGAAGACUCCAAUGCUCUUCGGAACCUAAUGCUCCUGCGUGUGUCACUCAUCAACCUCCCUUUUCUACCACCCCCAAAAAUCCUUCUAAGGUCAGCUGGGCUUGGUGUUUACUCAUGUCUUUGUUGCUGCAAAUGCACUUGGUGUUUGCUUUGGACCCUUCUUUUGCAAACGCCGAUGUCCUGGACAAACAAGAUCAUGCGUGCAGUCAGCACAGGGAUCAUGGCCAUCCUCUGUAUGGUCACGGUCAGGGCCAACUCCAGGAUGGUAAGAGCAUCCAAGAAAAUACCGGCGUUGAGGUGACGGUACUUAGUGACGGGACGAGUGUUUUUGAAAUGAAUAAGCAGUUAACGCUCCCUAAUGGUGAUGAUAUCAGCGAAAACCAUAGAUUUGCUCCCGGAACUCCAAACUUUGAUGAUUUGCGGCGAGACUCAGAUGCUAAGGUCAGCUUUGAACAAGACCGUGAAGAGGUGAGCAAAAGUCGAUACCAAGAAAGUGAUUUCAGAAAGAAGGGAUACCAUACGUUAGAAGAAAAACGUACCGGAGUUGAGCUUGAUGAGGAACAAGCCGAGAAAAAUCACAAACUAACGAACGAAAGAGUCACAGAGGAAGAAAAUGUCCUACAAAAGAAGAUAUCACGCAUUCAGACCACAAACGAGGAGCCAAACAUUCAGAAGUCUCGGGAACCUGGGUCAGCGGCGCGUCAGAAACGGGAUGCGCGAGGCAUGCCUGUUGUUCCUCAAUCCAUGUCCAUGCCCGGUUUGAUCCUGGCGCACGGGUAUCCUGCGGAGGUGCAUCACGUAACCACCGACGACGGCUACAUCCUGGAGGUACACCGCAUCCCAGGUCCCCGCAUGCUGGACAUGAGUCCUAAGAAGAAGAGGAGGAGGAACCGCCGACAAAGCCAACGCAGCAAGCGAGACGCGUCCCUCACUUACGAUCCUCUUGAGGUCCUCAAGAUCUUGGAGGAAGAGAGGCUUCUCAAUUUCUUGGAACAUGGCGACGCUGAGCUUUUCAAUAUGGUGGAAGAUGAGCUACGUGCCCAAAGUCAUGAUGGUUUGGAAAAACUUCCUCAAAAGGGAGACGAGUUUGGAUUUGGCUCGGUGUUUGAUUACUACAGUAACAAUGAAAGACAAACGACGUUAGAUGGAGAUACAGAUUUGCAAAGCCAGAAUGAAGGUCAAAUGGAAAAUAGAGGUACACAUGAUGUUUCAGGAGUCAAUCGCAGAACUGUGCCCAAAAAUAUUUCAACCCGAAAACAACGAUACAAGAGAUCAGAAGAUCGACAAAGCAUGUUCCAGAGACGACAAAUGAUUCGAACUCUCGACCCACGCACACUAAUGAGUAUGGCUCGCAAUGGUGGUGGUUUGAACGGUCCCUUGAGACCGAACGUGGGGCAGUCCCCUCCCCUCAGACCGCGGCCCUCCCGCCAUACGUACCAGAGACCUCGACGGCGUUCUCACACUCCACUGGAUCCUGUCAUUACCGACAUGCGAUCGGGAGGUCAGCGACGGUCGUCCUCUUCCAGAGACCCGGCACCUGAAAAUUCGGUUACUCGUGGAAAUUCCGCCACUAAAGAUCAUUCUACAGUGCGUGGGAAUCCCGCUAAACGCGAAAACUCCGCCACACGUACAAAUCCUUCCAUGCUCAGGUUCGGUAGAGUUCAGACACUUUUCCCAUUCGAUCCGCUAUCCAAAAGAAUCUGUUACGAGUCCGAUAAUUGUUGCGAAAAUUCAACUAAUUGCAUUUCCAAAGGAAACUCGUUAGGUAUUGACCGACCUGCUCGUCAAACAGCACCUUUUAGAAACGCGAAGCUCAACGAAAACCACGCUGAUGCACCCGAUGACUUAUUCAACGACGGACUCAAUGAGAUAGAAAACGACCAUGUCGUCAAGAAUGGCAGUCGCUUCAGCGGCCAGGAAAACAAGCAUUUCAAGCCCGGCCGCAAUGGCAAGAAGAAAGUCGUCUUCAUCCAACACUGUCUGCAGUGCUCCUCUGCUGAUUUCGUUCUGAAUGACCACAACCAGGCUUUAGGCUUUAUUCUAGCAGACGCAGGCUACGACGUAUGGCUUGGCAACUUCAGGGGUAACCAGUACAGUCGUGGUCACAUCUCGCUCUCUCGAAGCAACGUCGAUUUCUGGAAAUUCACCGUAGACGACCUCGCUCGCUACGAUCUACCUGCCAUGAUCCAGCACGUUCUCACCACCACCGCGUCCGACGACCUCUUCUACAUCGGCCACUCUCUGGGCACCAUGUCAUUCUUCAUGGCUUCCUCUACAAACCCGGACUUCCUUAGCAAGAUUCGCCUGAUGAUAGCCUUAGCCCCGUCUGGUUAUUUAGAUCACAUGCAAGGAGGCCUGAAAGUCAUGGUCAAGUCUGCACAAACAUUUUACAGAAUGAUGGAAGCCAUCGGCUUCGGGGAGAUUGGCACGGUGAUGCCGUGGCGAGGUGGCUUGAUGAGCCGCAUCUGUAAGCCCGCGAGUCCCUUCGCUGGGAUCUGCUCAGCCUUCUUGCCCGCCAUGUCAGGCAGCAAUAACGGCCUCCACGACAUGGAGUAUCUGCCAUCGAUGCUCUCCAAUCUACCAGCGGGCACCUCAUUUAGGCUCAUGGCUCAGAUCGGCCAGAUCAUCGGAGCUGACGGCAUCCGCAAGUUCGACUUUGGCAACCCAGAAGAAAAUCUCCGGCAUUACGGAACACUCAUGCCACCCCAUUACCCGCUGGAGAAGAUCACGUGUCCUGUGGCCAUCAUGUGGUCACAAAACGACAUCAUCGUAACGCCUGUCGAUGUUGCAAGAACGGCACGUCGUCUCCCGAACGUGGUCCUGAACUAUAAAGUACCUCACUCCACCUUCAAUCACGUAGACUUCCUCUUCGCCGAUAUCGCGCGACAACUCGUCUAUGAUCCAAUACUGAAGCUCUUGGAGUCGCAUAAAUGAUUUAAUAGGAUUUCAGCUUUGAUUCCUUGAGCUGGUUAUUCUGAAAGAGAAUGGUUUUUAGUCUAGAACGACUUAAAGUCAACUUGGCCGCCUAUUACUGAUAAGGCUAUUUUAAGGAUGUGCUUUUAUAAUAUUUACGAAUAGUUUUCGCUUCUGGGCAAUUAUGAUUAUAACCUGCAUUUAAUGUUGAUUAUUAGAUGGGUUGUAAGUCCCAUGCCAGUGAGACUAGCUUUUAAGGAGGCAUGUAUACUGCAGUGCUUAUUUCUCUCGUUUCAUGUUCAGUUAGACCGCCAUGAAGCAAAUUGCAGUUCCGAUUUAAGUCGCGUUUUCGUAUCAUGAGAUCAGCGUUCAAUUUUAUGCGCUUUACAUAAGAGCCGAGUGCACCAAUUUUGACAAAAAAAAAUUAAACUUCAAGUCUACUUUGUGUAAAUUUUGGAAACAAAGAGAGUAGCGUUUGAGAAUUUUUUGAUCACCUGAUCAGCGUGACGUAAUUGAAAUUCCAUGCGCAACUUCCCGCGUCGAAUUGAUAUGUGCGUCAAUUAUGCGAGGAAUUGAAUUUUUAUUUAUUUUCAAACUUAUCGAUUCUUAAUAUUUGAAAAACCUGCGUACAAAAUUGUUUGUUUGCGGAAUUUUUCUGUAGGAUCGACUUACUCACAUUGACUCAACUAUAAUGAAGAAAACCGCAAACGAGGUGAACCGCAUCAACAAAUUAAUUUAUUCGACUAUCUUUGCCGAUGUGUCAAUUAAAUUAAUUAAUUCGUCGAUCACUUUAAUUAAAAUUGAAGCGCUUCAUUGUGGCUGAUUCGCAUUGGAAUUGUGAAUCAGCAACUGAAUUGCUGUAGUUGACUUUAGAUGCUAGUGCUUGUCAUGAUUUUAGCCAGUGUUGAGCUCCACUAUUAGAAUCACGAACUCGUCGUAAUGAAUAGCUGUAACUACUACAUGAUAUUAGUGACGCUUGAUCAAACUAUUGGAAGCGUUGACUUCGUGCUCUGAUGAAAUUGCAGGUUUAAAAUUAUUAAAAUAUAAAAUUGCCUAAGGUUAUUUUGCAGCAAAUCAAAUCGUAUUUUAUGUGUCAAGAAGUUCUCACGUUACUUUUACGCCAAGAGAAUUGGAAAAAGUCUGAAAUUUUUCUUAGCAUUGAUGCCGAAUUAAUUCAAAGUAAAUUUAAAUACUUACCUCUAGAUUUCUGUCUUCAUUUAACGUCAGAAUUGGAUUUUUUAUCGUCAAGCAUGUGAUAUAAAUGUAUGUAAAAAAUGCUGAGCUGGCAUUGGUAGUAAGAUUUCUACUGUAGUUGAUUGUUACUAUUGGUAAAUUCGUGGUAGGCGAAUAUGAAUUUGUACAUAUAAAUUUUUGUUGGUCUUUAAUAUGAUUAAAAUAAGCUAAAUGUUAGUAGUCGGUGUUGUAAGGUUAAAAGCAAGAGACGGAUUGUGAGUGCUAAACUAAAUAAUUGGCUUAAUUUUAAUUUUUUAGACUUCAUUUCUAUCUGCGAAUGAUCCAAAAGACAGUUAUUUACGAUACAAUUCAUAUUCUAAGAUUGGAUCAGAGAGACAUUAUGGAGGUAAAUUAUCAGCCUAUUUUUUUUUUUUGCUUGAAAACUUGUUUACUUCAGAUCUAUUAAAGUGAUCAUCCAUCUUCUCGACUUGACUAUCUUCAUUAGGAACAAACAUGAUUAAAAAUUGUUCUUACGUUCGCGCAGAAAACAUUUUCAUGAAGCUAGAAUGGUUAAUGUUACUCCAGUACUUUCAUCAGAAAUCAAGUGUAUACCAGCUAAAAUUCCGGUAAUAAAUGAGUAAUGUUCGUGCUCAUUAAAUACAAAACAUCAGCUAGAUAACUCUAUUAAAUUUAGAGACAGUCUGCUAUUCAGAAUUUUACCUAUCACAUUGUAAGAAGCCAGUCAAUGUUAUCGUUUUCGUACUGGAUACGCUAAUUGUGAGUGGAUAAGGAAACGACGAAAUAUUA